AUGUCCGAUUUUAAACCAAAUCAAUCUGUAUAUGCAUAUCAUGGCCCUCUAAUCUACGAAGCUAAAAUUAUAAAAGUCCGACGUGCGUUAGAUACACAUAUAAUAAACCAAGAUAAUCAAAUAGAAACAUAUGCUAUUAAUCCAAAGUUUAAUGUAAGUAAAUGGGAGAAACAAACAGCUUAUUUCUUACAUUAUCAAGGCUGGAACUCCAAAUGGGAUGAAUGGGUUGGUGUUGAUAGAAUAAUGGAAUUUACUGAGGAGAACAAGUAUAAAAAGCAAGAAUUAGAUCAACUAAUUAAGAAGCGCAAGUCGAAAGCUUCUUCUCCUGAUACUGGUACAACCAGCACUGCUAAAACGGUUAAUACUUCAAACGAACCUGUAAAUAAAAAAGCAAAAACAACGACAACGACAGCGACAGCGACAACUACCAAAAAGAAAAAAUCUAGCGUUACAAUCAAUCUCGAAUUCCCUAGAGAGUUGAAGUAUGUACUUGUAAAUGAUUGGGAGUACAUUACUAAAGAUAGAAAGUUAGUAUCCUUGCCAAGUGAUCAUCCAGUAAGCAAUAUUCUUCAAGAUUAUAAAACCUAUAGAACUAAACAACUAUCAGCAGACCAAAUUAGAAUUCUUGUGGAAAUUCUGGAAGGAUUAGAAGUGUACUUUAACAAGUCAUUGAGUUUAAUUCUACUUUACAAAUAUGAAAGUUUGCAAUAUCUUAACUUCUUAAAAACAGAUUUAAUUAAUCAAGAAAACAGUCAAAGUAAAGUGUAUGGAGUGGAACAUUUGUUGCGUUUGUUAAUAUCAUUCCCAGGGUUGAUUGGACAAACCACCAUGGAUACCAUAAGUGUCAGUGUUCUCGUUCUGGAAAUUGAAGAAUUAUUGAAAUUCUUGGUGGAUAGAUUAGAAGUGUACCUGAAUAAUUACGAUUACAGUAGCCCUCAAUAUGAUAGUUUGGCGAGGGCGUAA